UGCUUCAUUAGUUUGCUAAAAGUCAUUUUGGUGAAACAUUGUCCUGAUACGUUUUUUUGCAUUGGUAUCGCCCAAAGGCUAUAAAUACUCUGCGACUCAGUCGCUCGCUUGGCGGUGCGGGUUUCGGUUGCUAAGGAACCACAGAAAGCAGGUGGCAUAGACAUGAGAAUGGUAUAGUUAGAAGGCUGGUCAGUCUGGCUGGUUGAGGUGUGGAGGGGACACCACAGACCACGCCAGAGUUCUGACUGAAAAUUUUUUUUAAAAAAUCUCUACCCUCGGUGGAUCUGCCAUCUCCAUGCGUCUCCUUGGACUGCAAUUAUGGUUACACUUAUCACAGAGCAGCUCUGUAAGCAGAGUUUAGAGGAACCUUAUCACAAGGCUUUCACAUUCAAUGCCAGUGUGUCUCUGCCUGCAGUGGGCUCAAGUCCAACCAUUUCAUGGAAUUCUGGCAAAACAACGCAAGAAGCCAGCUCAGACACACACCAGUCAUGCAAAGCACAUGUUUUGGCUGACUCGUGUGAUCCUUGGCCCCGCUCGCGCUCUGGAGAGCCACUCCAGGGACUAGAGGUUUCCCUCACAAACAAAUCCUUCCAAAGUUCCCCCCCACCACCUCCAAAACGCCACUGCCGCUCCCUCUCUGUUCCAGAGGACCUGUCCCAGUGCCGCUCCACUUGGCACCCAAGCGCAUCAAAGGUCUGGACUCCAGUAAAACGGGGCUGCCACAGUCGAGGAGCAUCUAGUUCAGGCUCUGGAGCCAGUUCUUUGCUUCUUUGUGGUCCCAGUUCUUCCUUCACCUCGUCCUCUUUACACUCAUCAUCUAGCCCUAACUUCUUUAGUUUAGCACUGUCUUCUGACUCUUCUUUGUCCUGUGGAUUCCCAUGGGAUCCCUGUGACACGUUGAAAGGUGCUUGCUCUGCCUCUCUUGCUACACCUUCCUCUUGCUCCUCUUCACCAGCCCCUCUGGUUUCUCACUCUAUCCUGCACCGUCGCUUCUCCCUUUCCCCCGUGCACAUUCAGAUAGCCUCUGUGGCGUCCUUGCACCCUCCGCCUUCCCCAGCUCAUGUUCUGGCACACAGCUUUUCUGGCCCAGAGCAUCCUUCCCUGUGUCCAUCUCCCACUUCAGCUUGCAGUACCCCAUCCUGCUCCCGGCGGGACCUGCACCCCGCACUGCCACGAUGCCACUCGCAGCCCUGCGACAUGCGCAAACCCCGGCUGAAGAGGCGCCAUGACCCAGAUGUCCUUCCUUGCUCCCGGCCAGGGCUGGACUUCAGCAAAAUGACACAGAUGGGUAAUUGCGAGAGCCUGGUGGGUGGAACAGGUGGUGGCAUAUUUCCAGUGUCUUCUCAAUCCGAGCAGCGCUUGGCCUUCUCCCCUGCUGAAUUCCUGGGAAGAACCAGCAUCGGUCCGCUGAGUGAAAGUGAAGAAGAAGAAGAGGAGGAGGAAGAAGAGUGUGAAAGAACUGUUUUAGCUGUUGGAAAAAAAUUUAUUUUUGAAAGAGACUGUACAGAUUUGGACUUGAGCCUCAUAGAAGAAAACUGACCAUUAAUUGGUGCUUACAGUAACUACUGUGUUCAUAACCAUGUAAAGCACACAUGUUGGCUUCUGGCAGAGCCUUUUGGGAACAACCUACUCUUACUGUCCUGAGUUAAUGAUUAAGAGCUAGGGAAGUUGGAGCCAAUUUCCAGUUACAUUGCAGUGAUUGUGUGUCAACUCGCUUCUCAGACUUUCACAAAAAAAAAAAAUUAGUGCCUGCCUGUUCAGCCCUCCUUAUGGGAAAAGCGCAUGAGCAAAUAAGCAGUUUUUCAUGUGAGCAGCACACUUUUAACCAUUUUGAAUCAACAUUAGUCUUAAUGUUAUUCACCACAUCUCAGUUGUCUUUCACAGCCUGAUUGACGCUGCACCUGGAAGUGAACAAAAAUGUUCUGCUUGGAUCUGAAUGAUGCGCACAAGCCGUUUUGAUGUUACUAUGUGCAUAAAAAAAAAAUCCAUAUCUUAGUGCUCUCCUGUAUAUUUAACAGGAAACAUUCCAGAAUCCACUGUACCUUUUUUAAUUCCCUGCUAAAAUGCAUCGGUUUUCAGCUUGUGCUCUUAAAAUAUGUUUGCUACAAAGGGAACUUUCUAUUGUAAUUGCUUAACUGAUGAAUAAGCAAGCCCCCCUCAUCAAGAGUAAUAAUGAUUAUACUGUUAACCAUGCCUUAAACCUAAAAUACAGAGUCCUUGGUGCUCUGGACCCCUUUUUUCACAGCCAGACACAUUUAUGGUCUCUGUUUGCACUGAUUUGGAUAUUUUUGAAUGCCUGGCACAUAAACUACAAUAGCUAACUGAAUAACUGAAUCAGUGCUGCAGGUGGACUCCCUGUGGCACUCCAUAAUGUACUGUACUGCGGUGAAAGUGAGUGCACGUUUCCCCACCAUUCCUGAGUGUAUGUGACCAAGGCUUGGAGUAAUGCAGAUGAUUUGGUGGCCUUUGAGAAAUUAUCUUUCAUGUUUUCAGGUGGGAAAAAAAACUCCUCUUGCACAAUGUAUGUAUGAAUAAAAUUUAAUAUUUUUUUUCAAA